AAAUGUGCUUUACAAAUUCAGAUGUUUUAAUAAUGCAACAGCUUUUCGGGUUGUCUUAACUAUAUCACUGCUAAGUCUUGCCAGGGAUGUAGACUCCAUUGUAAUUAGUAGGUACUUACUGUAACUUUAACUCAAGACUGUUAAAAUUUACGCCGGAUUGAACUCUCCACAGUCACCUUGCGUGUUGAUAGUGUUGAACUCGUACUCUCGAAAAUCUCCACGAGUGGAAAGGUGAAGGUGUAAGUAACCAAAUUAAGGGCAAUUAUCGCCUUAUAUAGACAAAGUGUUCAAGGUCACCUUUUGCGCAAGACUGUAAGCAACUAGUAGGUGUUCAAAAGCUGACAAUGCAGUUAUUUGAUUCCGGAAAUCAUACGAUGUGUUGUUCUCACUUAUUAAAUAUAUCCCUCUUUAGUAUUUUGCAAACGAUAACAGAGAGUUUGUAAUAUAUAGUAGAAAUUUCCUUCCGUUUGUCAGUUCUAUUGUCGUCGCGCAACAGAAUUAACACAAUACAAUGUCGUCACGUAAAUCCAAACUAUCAUUGAAAAAACCGGCACCAACUAACAUUCUACAGAACAUGUUAGAAAGCAACAAAGUGGGGAACAGUAGUACUUGCACCGAUAAUAAUCUGUUCCCCCACUCGCCGAAAAAAGUGGUACCCGGUAACAAUAAACCGUUCCCGGCGGCGCCGUUUAUGGAUGGUGACCAAUGUAGUGUCAUCACCAUCCAUUCGGAUAAUUCAACAGUCCAAACUCCUGCCAACCUGUGGGAGAAUUUUGAUGUGGAAUUAGUGAUGGCCCAAUUAGACGGAGGUGACGCUGCGGACCAUUUAUACUCCAGCGAACGAGUUGUCCCAACGCCACAUUUGUCAGAGCAGCAGAAGUCGCCCACUCCACCACCAGAAUUUCGAGCUCCUCUUCCACCUCUAGAGCAGGCCGGAAAGUCCGAAGACGAACCGGUCGAUCCCAGGGUGUGUGCGAAGAGACGGCGCAAAUGUGGCGAGAAAAAUUUAGAAGCCCUGUUGAAAAUUCAAGGGCAGGAGGCGGGGUACACACCUGAGAUGCCGUCCACUUCGGCGGUUCCAAUUCCUGCAGCGCGGGAGAUUGCUUCCCAGGCGCACCAACUUCUGCAGAAAAUGCUGCAGAAGUAUGCCAUCCAACUGCAAGAAACGCAGGACAAAACCUCUCAAUUGGAACGUCAAGUGGAGGCGUCCCGGAUGGAGGAAAGAAAAAUUGAAGGGGACAUGCGGUACAUUUUAAGCUUUGUUAAUUUUUGUGGUAGGAAAUAGUCUAUAUAUAGUUGUAAUAAAUUAAAUUGUUGUAAGAUAGUUUUAAUAAAUAAAAGGUUGUAAGAUAAUUGUCGUUUACAUUG